AUGGUGCGAGCGGUGGUAGUUGGUGGAAGCUCGGGGAUGGGCAGCGCGUUCGCUAGGCAUGCAGUCAGGCAAGGGGGAGAAGUGAUCAUCUGCUCCAGGUCCCAAGAGAAGCUGGACAAGGCAGCAGAUGCUAUAGCGAGUGCGGGAGGUGAGGGGGCAAGAGAGAGGGUCAGGACCAAGGUGCUCGACAACACAAACGAAGAGGAAGUGAAGAAGUUCUUUGAAGAGCUCCCUCCAUCGUCCUUCGACGCUCUCGUUGUAACCGCGCUCGGGAGAGCUGCCCAUGGCUCGUUCCUCCAGCUCGAGACCUCCAAGGCGAGGGAAGUGAUGGAAGGUAAGCUUUGGGGGCCAUGGUAUUGCGCCAAGUACGGUGCCCCGAAGAUGGCAGCGGGGGGUGCCAUCGUCUUCGUAAGUGGAGUGCUCAACAGACGUCCAGGGCUCAACUGUUCUCCUCUCGGUGCUGCUAACGGUGCGGUAGAGGCCCUAACACGGUCUCUCGCACUCGAGCUAGGUCCCCAACUCAGGGUGAACUGCCUUUCCCCUGGUUUCGUUGACACGGAGAGGUUUGAUCACAUGGAAGCAGAAAAGAAGACGCAGAUGAUGGACGCUACUGCUGCAUCCCUGCCGCUCAAGUGCGUGGGGGAUCCGGACGUGAUCGGGGAGGCGUUGUACUUUCUGGCUACCAACAAGUUCACGACUGGGGUGGUGCUGGAUGUAGAUGGCGGGCAUCAGAUCCGUCAGUACGCUCUCCCCAACGAUGUGUACCACUCUCUGCGGGCGAGCGGGACGUUGCCAGCCAUCUUCCAACUCCAGCCGUGA